UUCCACCCGCCUCCCAUAAACUGCAGCAGCAGCAGCAGCAGCGAAGAGAGUGGGGAAAGGCCCAGAACCGAGCCCUAGCAUGAUGACCACAUUCCUCAAGCACUCCCUACCGUUCUUCUUACCAUCCCAUCAUCCGUCACCGUUUUCCAGCGCAAGGACCAAAAUUCAAUUCCAAAACCAUCUCCCCUUCAAACCAAAGCCUUUCAAUCUUUUCUUCAAGACUCAAUUCUCUUCCAAUUCCUCUCAAUCCCAAUCCCUCAGCACCACAAGUACAAAUAAUCCCGUUCAAACACCACCUUCUUCCAGUUCUGAAUUCCAGAUAUUCAACACCAUGACCAAACAGAAGGAGGUUUUCCGCCCGAACUUCCCUGGCAAAGUAGGAAUGUACGUCUGUGGUGUUACCGCCUAUGACCUCAGCCACAUUGGCCAUGCCCGCGUCUACGUCACAUUCGAUGUCCUCUGCAGAUACCUAAGGCAUCUGAAUUAUGAAGUCUGCUAUGUUCGCAACUUCACUGAUGUCGAUGACAAGAUAAUUGUUAGAGCAAAUGAAUUGGGGGAGGAUCCCUUAAGCUUAAGCAGCCGUUAUUGCAGUGAGUUUCAGUCCGAUAUGGCCCAUAUUCAUUGCCAGCCUCCUUCCGUGGAACCUCGUGUAUCAGAUCACAUUCCUCAGAUCAUUGACAUGAUUAAGCAGAUUCUUGAUAAUGGUUGUGCCUACAGAAUCGAUGGAGAUAUAUAUUUCUCUGUGGACAAAUUUCCUGAUUAUGGUCGAUUAUCGGGGAGAAAGUUAGAAGAUAAUAGAGCAGGUGAGCGGGUUGCUGUGGACUCAAGGAAGCAAAAUCCUGCGGAUUUUGCUUUAUGGAAAUCUGCAAAGGCUGGGGAGCCGUAUUGGGAGAGUCCUUGGGGACCUGGAAGGCCUGGAUGGCAUAUCGAGUGCAGUGCAAUGAGUGCUGCUUAUCUGGGCCACUCCUUUGAUAUACAUGGUGGGGGGAUGGACCUCAUCUUCCCACACCAUGAAAAUGAAAUUGCUCAGAGUUGUGCUGCCUGUAACAAGAGCAGUGUCAGUUACUGGGUGCAUAAUGGCUUUGUAACUGUGGACUCGGAGAAAAUGUCGAAGUCACUUGGAAACUUCUUUACAAUCCGUCAGGUUAUAGAUCUGUAUCAUCCACUUGCUUUGAGGCUGUUCUUGAUGGGCACACAUUAUCGAUCACCAAUCAAUUACUCAAAUGCACAGCUUGAAAGUGCAUCUGAUCGCGUCUUUUACAUUUAUCAGACUCUACGUGAUUGUGAAGAUCAUUUCAGCCAACAUCAUGAAGAAAGUACAAACGACUUGAUCCCUCAUGACACCAUGAACUGCAUUAAUAGAUUCUGUUGCGAGUUCAAGGCUUCUAUGUCAGAUGAUUUGCAUACUCCUGUUGUUUUGGCUGCCCUCUCAGAGCCACUGAAAACUAUCAAUGAUCUCCUUCAUACACGAAAGGGGAAGAAACAGGAGCGACGCCUUGAGUCUCUUUUAGCUUUAGAAAAGGAAAUCAGAGGUGUUCUAACGAUUCUGGGGUUAAUGCCUUCAAGUUACACCGAGGUUCUGCAGCAGUUGAGAGAGAAGGCAUUGAAGCGGGCCAGGUUGAUGGAAGAUCAAGUGCUGCAGAAAAUUGAGGAAAGAACAUUAGCAAGAAAGAACAAAGAGUACGAGAAAUCGGACUCAAUUCGGAAGGAGUUGGCAGCAGUAGGGAUCGCCCUUAUGGAUGGCCCUGAUGGAACAACAUGGAGACCAAGCCUGCCUGUUGAAUUGCAAGAGCAGGUUGCAAUCUGAAUGGCUAGCUAUGAGGUCAGCCUUGUUCUAGCCUUGUAAACUAUAGUCCAGCAAAUCCUGAUUUUUGGUCCCAAUCUGCAGCUUUUACACCUGAAAAGUCCAAUGACUCCCCUAGUGCUUUCACUAUCCAAAUGGGAUUAUUGGUGCAAGGGUCACAACAUCACUACUAUGGGUCCAGACAAAUAUAUUGGCUAAAUGAAUGGUAUCUUCAGUUGUAUAUUUCUUUCCCAUUUUUUCAUAUUCGUUUCUAUUUAUCAUAUUCAUUUUAAUGGCACUCUUGUUCAACCGCAAUUUAAUGAAUAUGAUUUUCUUUACUUUA